AUGGUGAUGGUGGUCGGUCGCUCUGGUGGCGGCCACGUUGCUGGGGACGGCGAGCGCGUCCCCGGCGGAAGGGAUCCAGCCGCUGUCCAAGAUCGCUGUCCACAAGGCCACCGUCGAAAUGCAGCCAUCGGCUAUCAAUACGCCAACUACUCGGCAAACUACAACUCCUGGGGCAAGGGCAAGGGCAGUGUCCGGUUGCAGCUCAUGAACCAGCGCUCUGACUUCGCCUUCGCCCUCUUCACCGGCGGCCUCGACAACCCGAAGCUGGUCGCGGUGUCGCCGAAGCCGAUCGCGUUCAAGAACCCCAAGGCGCCGGUGUUCCCGCGCCUCGCGCAGGGCAAAUCCCACGACGAGAUGACGGUGACGUGGACCAGCGGCUACGACAUCGGCGAGGCGUACCCGUUCGUGGAGUGGGGCGCCUUGGUCGCCGGCGCCGCCCAGCCCCAGCAGACCGCGCGCGCGCCCGCCGGCACGCUCACCUUCAACCAAGGCAGCAUGUGCGGCGAGCCGGCACGCACCGUCGGGUGGAGGGACCCCGGGUUCAUCCACACCGCCUUCCUCAGGGACCUCUGGCCCAACAAGGAGUACUACUACAGGAUCGGGCACGAGCUCCACGACGAGUCCGUGGGAGACGGGUCGAACGAGUACGCGGCGUACCAGCCGGGGUCGCUGAACACGACGGACACGCUGAUCAGUGACCUGGACAACUACGACAUCGUGUUCCACAUCGGCGACAUGCCGUACGCCAACGGCUACAUCUCGCAGUGGGACCAGUUCACGGCGCAGGUGGCGCCCAUCACAGCCACGAAGCCCUACAUGGUGGCCAGCGGCAACCACGAGCGGGACUGGCCCGACACGGCGGCGUUCUGGGACGUGGAGGACUCCGGCGGCGAGUGCGGCGUGCCGGCCGAGACCUACUACUACUACCCCGCCGAAUACAGGGCCAACUUCUGGUACAAGGUGGACUACGGCAUGUUCCGCUUCUGCGUCGCCGACUCGGAGCACGACUGGCGGGUGGGCACGCCGCAGUACGAGUUCAUCGAGCACUGCCUGUCGACGGUGGACCGGAAGCACCAGCCGUGGCUCAUCUUCGCGACGCACCGCGUGCUGGGCUACUCCUCCAACGCCUGGUACGCCGGCGAAGGGUCCUUCGAGGAGCCCGAGGGCCGCGAGAAUCUGCAGAAGCUCUGGCAGAAGUACCGCGUCGACAUCGCCUUCUUCGGCCACGUCCAUAACUACGAGAGGACCUGCCCUAUGUACCAGAGCCAGUGCAUGACCAGCGAGAAGAGCCACUACUCCGGGACGAUGAACGGGACCAUCUUCGUGGUGGCCAGCGGCGGCGGCUGCCACCUGUCGGACUACACGACGGCGAUCCUCAUCCCCAAGUGGAGCAUCUACCGCGACCAUGACUUCGGCUUCACGAAGCUCACGGCGUUCAACCACUCGUCGCUGCUGUUCGAGUACAAGAAGAGCAGCGACGGCAAGGUCUACGACUCCUUCACCAUCCACAGGGACUACCGCGACGUGCUCCGAUGCGUGCACGACAGCUGCUUCCCCACCACGCUCGCCACCUAG